AUGGCAUAUACAGUAGAUACUAUCCUAAUGCUUAUUGCUGCUGGAGAGGCAUCAGUAGGGAUAGUAGGAAAUGCAUUCAUUGGUCUGGUAAACGUCAUGGACUGGAUCAAGCGAAAGAAGAUUGCCUCCAUUGAUUUGAUCCUUACAAGUCUGGCCAUGUCCAGAAUUUGUCUACUGUGUAUAAUACUGUUAGAUUGCUUCAUAUUGGUGCUGUAUCCAGACAUCUAUGAAAAUGGUAAAGAAAUGAGGAUCAUUGACUUCUUCUGGACCCUCGCCAACCAUUUAAGUGUCUGGUCAGCCACCUGCCUCAGCGCCUUCUACCUCUUCAAGAUUGCUAACUUCUUCCACCCUCUUUUUCUCUGGAUAAAGUGGAGGAUUGACAAGAUGAUUCUCAGGACUCUGUUGGCCUGCUUGGUCCUCUCUGUGUGUUUUAGCCUUCCAGUCACUGAGAAUUUGAAUGAUGAUUUCAGACGUUGUGUCAAGACAAAGGAGAAAAUGAACACAACUUUGAAAUGCAAAACAAAUAAAGCUGGACAUGCUUCUGUCAAGGUAAAUCUCAACCUGGUCAUGCUACUCCCUUUUUCUGUGUCCCUGGUCUCAUUUUCCCUCUUGAUUCUCUCCCUGUGUAGACAUACCAGGCAGAUGAAGCUCAGUGCCACAGGGUACAACGAUCCUAGCACAGCAGCACAUGUGGGGGCCAUGAAAGCAGUUAUCUCAUUCCUCCUCCUCUUUGUUGCCUACUGCCUGGCCUUUCUCAUAGCCACCUCCAGCUACUUUAUACCAGAGACUGAAUUAGCUGUGAUUUGGGGCGAGUUAAUAGCUCUGAUCUACCCAUCAAGCCAUUCAUUUAUCUUAAUCCUGGCGAACAGUAAAUUAAGGCAAGCAUCCAAAAGGAUGCUUUGGAAUGUAAAGAAUAUUUUAAAGGGAAGAAAGUGUUAA